AUGCUGCAUUUCAAGGAUGCUGCCAGGGGUGAUGCAUCAGGGCUCGCCGGGAUGGUGAAGGACAUCUGGAAAACGUUCAGCAAACACCAUCUAAAAGUGGCUAAUCACUACGUGAAGAACCUACAGGCGGCGUUUCGAGUGGCACGGCUCCCGUGCUUGGAGUCUUUGGUGUUCACGCUCACAUACGGAGGACUCCCGUUGGGGCUCGAUCUCCCCGAACGUGACCUGUACGAGAACCACUUGCAGUUCAAGGAUGUCUCGGGGUUCGGUGUGGCUACGAGGGCGGUGCUGGCCAAGGCAAAGAGAGAAGGCGAUUUCUACGGCUUUUUGAACUACGCCCCCGUCAUUAAGCUACUCUCCGUCACCCGACCCGUCGAGAUGGGUCGAGUCCAGCCCACCAGCGAGCACUCAAAUACUGUCGCCAAAUGCCGGAAGUCCUUUCGGGAGAUGAGGGCUGUUUUCGCCUACUCCGGGUCGACCACCCGGGAAAAGGACAUGGGGGCCGCGUGGACGGUGCACGAAGCCUACUGCCUCCACUACGCUUCGAGCAUAAAGGUCGCGGCCACCCGUCUUGAAAAUGCGCAGAAGAAGAUGGGCGGUGGCGUAAAGAAAUCCAACGGGAGGAUACCAGACAUGACAGCGAAGGAGUGGAAUAAAUGCGUCACCAUCAUGGAUACGGUGGUGAGGCGCAGCUCAUGCGAUGCCAUAAUGGAGGAUGUUGGAGCAGAGGGGAUCAAGAUGUGCCAAGAAGUUCUCCUGGUGGACCCAGACACCAUCGGCCACACCGUCGACGAGGCCCUCUUCAUGCCUGGGGUACGCGAGAAAGAGAUCAGGAGCAUAGUGAAGCGUCUCAAGGGCAAGUUUGGCGCUGCUGAGAUCGCUCUCUUCAGCUGGCAUGGCUCUCCUGGACGGGAUUCACAACAUCUGCCUUCGGUCACAAUAUCUGCUCAUGAUGGUGGCACGCGAAGGCUACAGGAAACUACAGCUAAACGCUCACGCUACUCCCGCAAGGAAAGCAGCUGUGCGCCGAGGUUGGCCCCUUCACCGCAAGCGGCGAGGUGUUCACCGACACCCAGUUGCAGCAUCUCUUCGAGCACAUCGGGUGGAACUUGA